UCCCACUCGCUACCCUAGAUGACGCUUUGUACUGCUGUAAACUCUGCUGACGUGACUGAGCGGCUCAGAACGCAGAAAGAGGGGUCCUUGUUAUAUACCAGUUCGGAGACAACAAACAAGGCGCUCUUCACACACUGCCAGCAUUACAUGCCAUCACAACAACAAGGAAACCAAAUCUCAGCCGACCUCGGUGCAAUGGGCAGAAGAAGUGAAAUCCCACCCCCGUUCUAUGGUGAACCUCGCAAGUUCGACCCUGCAUUCAAAGGGCCUAUCCACAACAGGCACUGUACAGAUGUUGUCUGCUGUGUGAUCUUUGUUGUUGUCAUCCUGGGCUAUAUUGCAUUGGGAACUGUGGCCUGGAUGCAUGGAGACCCAAGGAAAGUUAUUUACCCUACUGACAGCUAUGGGCAGUUCUGCAGCCAGCAAGGCACUUCAAACGCGAACAAAGCCAUAUUAUUCUACUUCAACAUUCUGAAAUGUGCCAGUCCUGUGGUUCUCAUAAACCUACAGUGCCCAACAACACAGCUGUGUGUUUCCAAGUGCCCAGACAGGUUUGCAACCUACUUAGACAUGCAGUAUGCAUACAGAUACAACAAAAGCUACUGGGAGUAUUACAGGCAAUUCUGCAAGCCAGGGUUUAACAGUCCAAGAAAGUCUAUUGGAGAGGUUCUGCGAGAUGAAGAUUGCCCAUCAAUGAUAGUUCCAAGCAAGCCAUUUCUUCAGCGGUGCUUUCCAGACUUCGCCACCAGAAAUGGGGUGUUGACUGUAGCCAAUAAAACUACCUUCAAAGAUGGAAGAGGUCAAACGAGAAACGUGACCGAUCUCAGAGACGCUGCCAAUGGUAUAAACAGUGUUCUUGAUGCAAGAGAAGUGGGAAUAAAGGUUUUUGAAGACUAUGCCGGCUCCUGGUAUUGGAUUUUAAUAGGCCUGGUCAUUGCGAUGGUGGUGAGCCUGCUGUUUAUCCUCCUCUUGCGCUACACAGCCGGGGUCCUGCUCUGGGUCAUUAUAUUCGGGGUGAUCGGGGUCAUUGGAUACGGGAUCUUGCACUGUUACUUGGAGUUCAGUACACUCAGAGGGAAGCCAGGAGCUGACGUCACCAUCUCAGACAUCGGCUUCCAGACAGACUUCAGAGUCUACCUGCAGCUCAGUCAGACCUGGCUAAUCUUCAUGAUAUGUCUCUGCAUUAGUGAAGCUACUAUCAUACUGAUAUUGGUUUUCUUGAGGAACAGAGUCUGCAUCGCUAUUGCACUGCUCAAGGAAGGAAGCAGGGCCAUCGGACAUAUAAUGUCGACAUUGUUCUACCCAGUCAUCACCUUCCUUCUCAUAGCGAUCUGUAUCUCAUACUGGGCUGUCACUGCCAUAUUCUUGGCUUCAUCUGGUGAACCAAUAUACAAAGUGAUGCCAGCCCAACCAAAGUGCAUGUAUGAAAACUUCACAUGUGAUCCUGAAACUUUCAACACUACGAAUGUGACCAAGCUGUGCCCACGCUCUCAGUGCACGUUUGCGUUCUACGGGGGUGAGAGCCUUUACCACAAAUACAUCUUCAUCCUCCAGAUCUGCAAUGUCUUCGUGUUCCUGUGGCUGGUGAACUUUGCCAUCGCUCUGGGCCAGUGUACUCUCGCAGGGGCCUUCGCAUCAUAUUACUGGGCAUUCAAGAAGCCAGGAGACGUCCCUGCCUGCCCACUCUUUUCUUCAUUCGGAAGAGCAUUAAGAUACCACACAGGCUCGCUGGCUUUUGGAUCUCUAAUUCUUGCCGUUGUUCAGUUGAUCCGAAUCAUUCUUGAGUAUUUGCAUCAUAAACUGAAAAGUGCACAGAACAAAUUUGCCAAAUUCGUGCUAUGCUGUCUGAAAUGUUGUUUCUGGUGCUUGGAACAUUUCAUUAAAUUCAUGAACAGAAAUGCGUACAUAAUGAUUGCAAUAUAUGGCAAAAACUUCUGUUCAUCAGCAAAGGAGGCAUUCUUUUUGUUGAUGAGAAAUGUUAUCAGAGUUGCAGUACUGGAUAAAGUUACAGAUUUCUUGCUGUUCCUGGGGAAGGUUCUCAUUGCAGGGAGUGUUGGCGUCCUUGCCUUUUUUUUCUUCACACGCAGAAUACCUGUUAUUCAAGAAGAAGUGUCAUUAAAUUAUUACUGGGUGCCAAUGCUGACUGUGAUAUUCGGCUCAUACCUGAUCGCCCAUGGCUUCUUCAGUGUCUAUGCAAUGUGUGUGGAUACACUGUUCCUCUGUUUCUUGGAAGAUCUUGAAAGAGACGAUGGGUCCACAGAGAGGCCCUUUUAUAUGAGCGGCUCUCUAAUGAAGAUCCUGAAGAAGAGAAACAAACAGAAAAAGAUGAAAAAGAGGCCAUGAGUGUGGAAAGAAGAGACUACCUAGAGAAAGUUGUUACAUUCACAAACUGAAUUUUUAUUUAUUUUUUUUCUACCAAAUUCCGCAGGCAGUACUGUAAAGGAGUGGAAAUAUUAGGAUUGCUUAUAUACAGGGUUUUAUGUUAUGAUUUUCAAGGAAAAUUAAAGGGACUGACUGUAAUAAGAGUUCAUAUAUAUGUUUGUUAAUAUAUGUAAUUUAUUAUACUGCAAUUAUUUUGCUAUUGUUUUAUUAUUUAACUAUAACUGAAGGUAAAUAUCUAAUGCAUAUAAAGCAGCUGCUACAACAUACUCUUCCUGGCACUUAAAUACCCAAGAGCUAUUGUGUCCCUCUGGAAACGUUGCAUUUGGUUUUCAUUAAUGGUAUAUUGACAGGUGAAUCCUCAACAAACGGUGCCCAGUUUGGGCUUUUGGUGAAAUUACACUGGCAGACAUCAAAAGCAUGGUUCUAGAAUCGUGCCCAUUGUUUGCUUGGGUAUAGACAGCCAUUCGGUGGCAAUAUUGGUGCUGUACUUUUGGGCCUGCUGUGCCAACAACUGGUUGGAAGUAAAAAAAAAAAAAAAAAAAAAAAAAAAAGAUUCCUUUCUGUCACUUGUUACAGUACUUGUUUUAUGUUGUAGUUAAUAAGAGCAUCAUUCCAAAACCAUAAAACCUGCAUGGAAUUUCAAGGCUCUUUUACAGAAUAAGUGCUUCUGCUAUGCAGAAAUUAGUUUAUUGUUGAGUAACUGAUUAAAAUGUUUAUUUAAAUGCUA